UACAAGAUUUUUAUUUGUCACUAUUUGACUUCCGGUUUUUAAGCGGGAUCCAAGAGCACAUGCCCUAACAGAAAAGAUGACAAGGGGACAAACAGAAUUGGGUGACAUCACUCAGCACAAUUUAAAGCAGCUGAAGAGACUGAAUCAGGUGGUCUUCCCUGUUACUUACAAUGACAAGUUUUACAAAGAUGUCCUAGAAGUUGGAGAGUUAGCCAAACUAGCGUACUUCAAUGACAUCGUUGUGGGGGCGGUAUGCUGUAGAGUGGACGUGUCGGACGGUCAGCGGAGGCUGUACAUCAUGACCCUUGGCGCCCUGGCUCCAUACCGCAGACUGGGAAUAGGAACUAUCAUGCUGAAUCAUGUGUUGAAAAUCUGUAAUACCGACGGAAAUUACGACAAUGUCUUUCUUCAUGUUCAAGUGAACAAUGAUGUUGCCAUAAAAUUUUAUGAGAAAUUUGGUUUUGAGAUUGUGGAAGAGAAAAAGAACUACUAUAAACGAAUCGAGCCAGCCGAUGCGUACGUCUUACAGAAAUCCUUCCGUGAUAGUGGUAAAAGAUCAAAACAGGAAAUGACAGAGGAAGAGAUGGAAGGGGAAGCAUCGCCAUCAAAUUGAAACAACGGAUAAUUUACCACAAACAAUUCAACUGUUAUGAUUCCGUCUUUGCGUAUUGCAGAGUUAUCUUCUCUUGGGAGCAGGGAUUGAUUGUUACGUCAUUGGUUUGUGCGAG